CUCCUAAAAGCCUAACCCUGGUCGAAAAAAGGAAAAUUUGCAAAGGGCCAUGAGGUGAAAAGUUGCGCGCGCCUUAUAAAAGCUCGGCCCUGGAUCCCCGCCGCAGUUUCCACGCGACCGCCGCGUUGUGUGCACGUAACAAGAUGGCCUCCCUCGCAGUAUUUGAUUUCGAUCGUACUAUAGUCGAUAACGACUCAGAUGCCGUUGUGAUAGAUAAAUUGAGGGAAAAGCAGCCCCCGCCUGAAUGGGAGUCUGAAGCUCGCGAUUGGACGCCGUACAUGAGCGAUGUAUUCGAGCACGCCUACUCCGCGGGCCUCCGAGAGUCGGACGUCCUCAGCGCGAUAGCCUCCAUGAAACCGACCCCGGGGUGCAUACACAUGUUAAAGGCUCUACAUAAGGCUGGAUGGCAUAUAGUGUUACUCACAGACGCUAACACAGUAUUCGUACAACAUUGGCUGUCCGUCCAUCAGUUAGAGGACUGCAUAAAGGCUGUGAUCACCAACCGCGCUUUCUGGGACCAAGGCCGGUUAUACAUCGAGCCCUGCAUGCGGCAGACAGCCUGCUCCCGCUGUCCCACCAACCUGUGCAAGUCGCUUGCACUCGCCCAGUGGUGCGCCAGGCACCAGUACUCGGCUAUAUGCUACGCUGGUGACGGCAGGAACGACUACUGUCCGGCUACUAACUUGCCCGCUCAUGCGACAGUCUUCCCCCGUCGCGGCUACCCCCUGGACGACUUAAUAAAGAAGGCCCUCUCCUCCUCUACCCCCCACAUAAAGGCCAAGGUGGUGCCUUGGGACAGCUGUGAUACCAUCCUGGAGGAGCUCAUCCAGGCUUAGGAUAGCUUAGCAAACGAAAUAUGUAAUAGCGCUCUGAUGACGUCCAGAAUAACUCUGUUAUCUUUCUCCCAUAAGUAAAUACAUUACGUUAUAAAGCCCCAAGGAAAAAUAGUACAUUGUGCAACGUAGGGGGUAAGUGAGAUUUUGUAAACGAGGUCUAUAAUUCCCGACAGCCGUAGGCCCUAGUCUUAGCUUUAUUUCACAAUCUAUAACUCCCGCGGGAACAAUUAUAGGCGUUUACCCUUCUGUACACCUGCAUGAAAUAACAUCUUGAUCGAGCAAGUGUGACGAAAAUAACCUAAAAUGCAGCCAAUUAUAAUAAUUAUUAUUAUAACCUAAUUAUAUCUUAAUACAUAUAAUAAUGGCUUUGUCAAACGAGUCUAUAAUCAAUGUCAAUAUUAAUUACAAAUGUAGUGCAUAAUUAUAUUAUUCCAUCGUAUUAUUACGGAAACGUACGAACGUGUCUACUCGUAUUUCAGUCAGUCUCGGUACAAAAAGUACUGAGGUGACUGAAGUAGCAUGACAAAUACGAACGUUUCCGAGAAAAUACGAUGGAAAACAAUUAUGCACUACAUCUGUUUAUUCUUGUACAUAGUCAUUCCUUUAAGGAAUAGCAAAUGAUGUGGUUAGAAGACAUUUCAAAGAUUCUCAAACGCCCAUAGGCUAGAUUGUCCACUUAGGCGGAUCUUGCUUAUUUCUUCACAAUCAUUGUAUCAAAUUGUAGAAGAAAAAUUGUUACUGAGCGCUGUUUUUAGAUCUGCAUAUUUCAAUCUAGCUAGUUAUUAAUUAUUUUAAUGUGAAUUGAAUACAGGCAACACUAUAUCCAACAUUGAUGUUGCAAAAUGUAAAAUAGAAAAAAAAAAUAGAAAAUCAUAUUUUUAGUAAAUUCUGAAAGAAACAAUUUUUUAAAUUUCCUUUAUUUAUCUUGGGUGUUAGGUUUGGGUUUUAUAAUAUGAAUAUAAAAGUAAAAUAUAAAAACACAUAACAAUAAAUACAUAUAAACAGAUUAUAAAAAACCUAACCUAGGGUGCCGCCGGCAGCGGGGCAGGGCCGCAGAGAGAGGACCCGGCGUACUAUACGCGCCGUGUCCAAGAUCACCGCCUUCUGCAUCUGACCCUUGAUCCAACCACCUAGCGAGUCUCUCAAAAUGUUGAUCGAGACUCUUCGCUAUUAUUUAUUUUUAUUUAUUAUUUAAUUAAGUAUUAUUUAAUUUAAACGUCCAUUUUAGAAUGUAAAGAUACGAAUAAUUUAUUUUUGUUAAUAAUGCUGGUAUACAUUUCAUCUUAUGAGCUGUUGUGAUUAAGUAAAUGUUAUCUACCUCGUUA